AUGGCCACUUCGUCCCAAGUAGCUGUCGUGUCGAAAGUUGCCAGUCCGUUGACCACCACGGGGCUAGACGGGACCACUUCCCCCCAGCUUCCCCCAUCUGAAAAACACUUCAAGAACCCGAGUCGCGAAACUCGAGACAUAUUUUUAGCGAUUCAAGGUGGAAAAGACAUGAACGCUGUGUGGGACAACAACCUGACAUUUUUGAACUCGUCGAGUUAG